UCUUUCUCUAUCAUCGCAUACAAUUUUUCCUGCACCUGAGAGACUUGAGGACAUUGUACAAGUCGUACCUUUUCAAACUAGGACAGUAUGCAGAGAACACCCGCACGUCUUUUCGAGAUCACGGGGAAAAUUUCCGUGGAGGAUGUUGCAGCACGAAGUGGAGCAGGAUGGAAAAACGGUAUCAAUGCUGCCGUUCCUCACCUGAGAGCAAAAUAUCCUCGUGCAGCAACUGCCUCCUUCAAUGGCUCCCAAGCCCAUAAAUCGUCCAAAGACCCGACUGAUCCUAAGAAUUGUGUUACAUUGGCUAUGUUUAGCGAGAGAGGAACAAGGAUUGCUUCUGCACACAUACACGAGGACGGAACUUUCAAUGACUUUCCGUCUCGUGCUGGAAGAGCAGGGAUCCAGGAGGUCGCGAAAUCUGAUUCUGCGUCUUUUAUCGAAGAUGCAAGCUCUCGAAGGUAGACUUGCUAACCUUCCAAUUGUCAAGAUGCACGAAGUGCUAUAUAUGUUGCUGUGCCCUCCCUGAUAUUUUCAAGUAGGUAUCACGAUUGGUUGA